AAACAAAUAUCCCUUUUGAGGGUUUCUUUUUCCAUGUCAGUCUUACGAAAGUCACAAUAGCUGAUAACUACACCCUCUCCCUCUCCCUUACUUGCACAGAGACAGAGAUCCAAGGAGUUUGGGGCCAAAACCCUAACCCCCAAAACAUCACCCCAGUAAGCUAUCUAUCGUCUCUCAAUCAUCCUUAUUAUCAGUCAUGGCUGCUGCAGCUCCAGAGGGUUCUCAAUUUGAUGCUCGCCAGUAUGAUGCUAAAAUGGACGAACUUGAAGCUGUGGGGCAAGAUUUCUUUACCUCAUAUGAUGAGGUUUAUGACACUUUUGAUGUUAUGGGAUUGCAAGAAAAUCUUCUUAGGGGCAUUUAUGCUUAUGGUUUUGAGAAGCCAUCUGCAAUUCAGCAAAGAGGAAUUGUACCCUUUUGCAAGGGACUUGAUGUAAUUCAACAAGCACAAUCCGGAACAGGAAAAACUGCAACUUUUUGCUCUGGAAUUCUACAGCAGCUUGACUACAGCUUAGUUCAGUGCCAAGCAUUGGUCCUUGCACCGACCCGUGAACUAGCACAACAAAUUGAGAAGGUCAUGCGGGCAUUAGGUGAUUACCUUGGUGUCAAGGUUCAUGCUUGUGUAGGUGGGACCAGUGUUCGUGAAGAUCAACGAAUUCUCUCCAGUGGGGUUCAUGUGGUUGUUGGUACACCUGGCCGUGUUUUUGACAUGUUGAGGCGACAAUCUCUCCGCCCUGAUCAUAUAAAAAUGUUUGUUUUGGAUGAAGCUGAUGAAAUGCUCUCAAGAGGCUUCAAGGAUCAGAUCUAUGAUAUUUUCCAGUUAUUGCCACCUAAAAUUCAAGUAGGAGUGUUUUCUGCUACAAUGCCUCCUGAAGCCCUAGAAAUCACAAGGAAGUUCAUGAACAAACCUGUGAGGAUUCUGGUGAAGCGUGAUGAGCUUACCCUUGAGGGUAUCAAGCAAUUUUAUGUCAAUGUUGAGAAGGAGGAAUGGAAGCUUGAGACACUGUGUGAUCUCUAUGAGACCUUAGCAAUCACCCAAAGUGUCAUUUUUGUGAACACUAGGCGUAAGGUUGAUUGGCUUACAGAUAAGAUGCGUAGCCGUGACCAUACAGUGUCUGCUACCCAUGGAGAUAUGGACCAAAAUGCGAGGGACAUUAUCAUGCGGGAAUUCCGAUCUGGAUCCUCUCGCGUGCUUAUCACCACUGAUCUCUUAGCUCGUGGUAUUGAUGUUCAGCAAGUCUCUCUUGUGAUCAAUUAUGAUCUCCCAACACAACCAGAGAACUACCUUCAUCGAAUUGGUCGUAGUGGAAGAUUUGGGAGAAAAGGUGUUGCCAUCAACUUUGUAACCACAGAUGAUGAGAGGAUGCUAUAUGACAUCCAGAGGUUUUAUAAUGUUGUAAUUGAGGAGCUGCCAUCAAAUGUUGCUGAUCUAAUUUGAUUCUGGUUCGGGCUGGCUAGGUAAAUGGCUCUCUGGGAAUGACAAAGUUUAGGAGGUCCGGUUACAACUGGGAGGGAUUUCGUUCCUGCAGAUUUAGUUGAGCUCCCAUUACCAUAUAAAAAACCCAAUGUUCAAAUUUUGAUUUGGUGUGUGUCUAAGCAAGAAAUGUCUGUAGUAUUUUUCUAGUUUAUUCUAAAUCAUGUUGUUUUAUCUAUGUUCUUAUUUCUUUCCAUCUGUAGUUUCUGUAUGUGAGACUUGAGGGGGGAUUAUGUAGAAUGGGAACGUGAUUAUUUUAGUUCAUUGGACUUGCCUUUAUGGUAAGUUUUUCGUCUCCCCUAUCUUUCUAUUUCAAUAGCAUAUUUUUGUUUGAGAA